GUCAGAGCCCAGGGAACUACCAGCAGCUGACUUUUGCCCUGACGGGAGACCACCGGGAGCUCUUCCCCAACGGAACCUUGACCAUCAAGAAUGCCAGAGAAGAGGACCACGGCUACUACCUGUGCCAUGCCAGCAACGGGGUUGGGUUCGACAUCAGCAAAGUCAUCCAUCUGAACAUUCACA